AUGACCACGGAACUAGCCUCUGCGGAACUAGCGUCUAGGGGAUCAGCGAAGAGAUCUCUCGAUGAGGUGGAUAAAGAAUUACUCGAUUUUACUGCCAAUACAGAGGCAAUCAGGAAAGAAGAACUGCGGCAAGCUCCUAAGAAAAGGAAACGUGCUUAUGAGGCUAUGACUCAAUAUUCUAAAAUAACCCAAUCCACUGAUGAAGAUGUUCCGGAUGAACCAGUUCCAGGAUAUAUUCAGAAAGUAAAAUUACGUAACUUUAUGUCACACGAAAAUUUCGAAUUAGAAUUAGGUCCACAAUUAAAUUUUAUUGUGGGUAAUAAUGGUAGUGGUAAGAGUGCCAUUCUUACGGCUAUCACGAUUGGUCUGGGUGGUAAGACAAGUGAUACUAAUAGAGGUACCAAAUUGACAGAUUUGAUUCGUGAAGGUACUGCAUCUGCAAAGAUCACUUUGCAUCUAGAUAAUAGUGGUAUGGGUUCAUAUGAACAUGAAAAAUUUGGUGAUACUAUUAUUAUUGAAAGAACUAUUCGACGUGAUAGUUCUAAUGUGUUCAGUGUAAAGACAGAAAAUGGCACUGAAGUCGGUAGUAAGAAAAAAGAUGUCCAAGUUAUCAUUGAUUUCUUUUCUAUUCCAAUUAGUAACCCUAUGUGUUUUUUGUCUCAGGAUGCAGCAAGAAGAUUUUUAACAGCAAGUACUUCUCAGGAUAAAUAUCAUCAUUUCAUGAAAGGUACUUUACUAGAGGAUACAUUUUUGAACCUAAAGGAAGCAAAUUCUAUUAUCAGUAACACUCAAGAGAACAUGAGGUUACGUAUGGAGUCAUUGAUGAAUCUGAAACAAGAAUAUAAAGACGCUAGAAAAUUAGCACGUCAGUUCAAUCAAACUACUAAUCUUAAUGAAAGGAAAAUGUUACUAUAUGCUAAAGUGUUAUCGCUUGACAUUGAAGCUAAUACAAAAUCAAGCCAACAUUUGACCUCUGGAAUCGAAGAGGAUGAAAAAUCCAUUAAGAAAUGUGUUGAAAAGAUAAAAUCUCGUGAAAAUGAUAUUAGUAGAUUUACGACUGAUCAAACUUUAACAGAACAAAAAAUUGAAGAACAAAUGCUAAUUAUUAGUCAAAAGGAAGGAGAGUUUAGAAUGAAAAGUGAGGACGUAAAAGAAUAUAGAAAUAAAUUCAAUAUUGAAGAUGGCAAUAUAAAAGAAGCUGGAAGAAAUAUCGCCGAUUGUAAAGAUAAAAUUAGGCAUCUAAGCAAGAAAAUUGCAAUGUUUGAGAAUAAAUUAAGCGAAGAGAUGGGUGGUGAUAGGGACGAUAUGAAACAACAACUUAAACAGCUGGAAAUAGAUAUUCAAGAUGAUCGUAACAAUAUUGAUGUAUUUACAACAACUUCUAGGGAUCUUCGUAGCAAUGAGGAUGCCAUUUGUAACCAACGUCGUACCGAAUUAGCUGGGUUGGAAGAGAAUAUCAGAUCAAAAAGUAUAGAAUUUGCAAAAGUUAAAACUGGUAAUAAUAAUUUCCUAUUCAAUUUUGACAGAAAUAUAAAUCGUUUACUUGAUGAAAUUAACAGAGCCAGAAAUCAAUUCUCUACGAUGCCUAUUGGACCGUUGGGUAAGUAUGUUAGUGUCAAAAGUGAAUAUAAUCAAUGGACUCGUAACAUUCAAAAGUUUUUAUCUUCAACGGUUAGUUCAAUUGUUGUCUCGAAUCUGAAUGAUGAUAGAUUGUUGAGAAACCUAAUGAGAAAAUGUGGCAUAAGAAAUAUUGGUGUACUUAUUUACAAAAUAAAAAAGUUUGAUACAUCGUCCUUCCUAAUUAGAUCCCAGUUUCCUACGGUAUAUGAUGCAUUGACAUUUGACACUCCGGAAGUUGAAUGUUUAUUCAUUGAUGUUACAUUCUUGGAAAAGGUUGUUCUGGUCGAAGAUUAUAAAUCUGCUAGGCAGUUCCUAAGAGGUAAUCCAGGGAAAAUCAGAUUGGCACUAUCAUUAAGAGAUCAUAAUAGUGGGUAUCAACUACGUGGAGCAAAUCAAUUAGAUUCAGUAACUUACGAUUCACAAAUUAAGAUGAAGGUAGGGUCAUCUAAUGAAGACAAUCUUGCAUAUCUUAUACAAUCGAUAAAUGAAGAUAAAAGUGAAAUGGAAAGGAUCAAGGGAAAUUAUGAAACGUUAUUACACGGCAAGAGGGCAGAAAUUAGAAAAGCAGAGGAAAAUAUAAAAUCACUUGCAAAAGAUUUAAAAAUAAAAAACGAUCAAAUUACUCAGUUGUCUAUUAAAGUAAAUGCUGUUGUAGACACUGGUUUAUUAACAUCUAUGAAUGAAGAAAAACAGAAUCAGGAGAAAGCGAUUGUGGUAUAUGAAAAUUCUAUUAAGGAAUUACAGUCUAGGCUGGAUAAAAUUACCGAGGAGGUUGUUCCGGUAAAAGAGAUAUAUGAUGCGGCUAAGAAAGAUCUUCGUGAAGCCAACAAUAUUCUGGAUGAACUUAAAACGUCGAUUAAUAGAAGAACGGAUAAGCUUGAAAAGUAUAAGGCAGAUAUCAAGAAAUAUGGAUAUCAAAAGGAAAAAUAUAGUGAUAGGAUUGCAUCCCUUCGACAAAAUAAUGAGUUACUUCUGGAAGGUAUUGAGAAACAAAGACUAAAUUUACAACAGGUAUGUAGUAUAGAAAAAUUGGAAUCAGAAAAUCUACCGAAUGAUAAGGAUGAAUUGAAGCAGGAGAUGGAUAAAAUUAACAGAGAUAUAAAACGGGCGGAAAACUCUAUCGGUGUUUCACAAGAAAGGGUUGUUGAGUUGUUCAAUGAAAGUAGGACUAAGUAUAAGGAAGCUCACAGAAAAUUGACUAUAAUUGAGACAACAUUAGAGAAAUUACAUGAGUCUGUUAAGACUCGUGUUUUUAAUUAUAAAAGUAACUUGAAUGAAACCUGUCUCAGUGCAACAUUGGACUUCAUUUCUUCUUUAAAGUUGAGAAAAUUAACAGGUAAAUUGGUUUUUAUAAAGGAUCAGCGUAGUCUUGAAAUAUACGUCUCGACACCUGGUGAUGCCACGGAGAGAAGUGUCGAUACAUUAUCUGGUGGCGAAAAGUCAUAUUCACAAAUGGCAUUACUUUUGGCUACAUGGAAACCAAUGCGUUCAAGAAUUAUUGCAUUGGAUGAAUUUGAUGUAUACAUGGAUCAAGUUAAUAGAAAGGUCGGUACUGGGCUAAUUGUAAACAAAUUGAAGGAUAAUUUAAGAACUCAAACAAUAAUUAUUACUCCUCAGGAUAUCGGUAAAAUAACUGAUAUCAAUGAUACCAGUGUUAGGAUUCAUAAGAUAAAGGAUCCAAAAAGGCAAAAUAAUUCGGAUAAUACUACAAAUUGA